UGUCCUGUAAGCGUUAAGCGAGUAGUUAAACCGUCAACAGUUUCUUUCGAUCAAUGUCCGCCAGCGCCUAUUUAUUUUCUGAAUUUGAAACUUAGAAAAGAAAUUCAAAACAAGGGAAUCUCUCUACUCAUACCAAUGUUUUCGAUCUCUCUCAGUGGACUCUGCUACAGGAAAAAUGGAAAAUUAUAUGCAGUUGAAAACAUUGCUGAAAUGUUUGGAUAUCGGCUUUAUAUGGAAAUUCUGAAGUGGCUGCAAACUCGUCAGUACUAGACCAUGAGGAGUGGUAGGAGAUCUGGUGUAGAUACAAUCAGCAUUUUGCCAUGUAAUGUUGUGGAUGAAAUUCUAGGGGCCUUGUCUUUGAAAGACGCAGUGAAGACCAGUAUCUUGUCAAAAGACUGGAGGUACAAAUGGGUGACACGUCAGGAACUUGAUUUUAGUGAUGAGUUUUUCAAGUCUUUCAAAGAAAAUCAAGAAGCCAAGGCAAUCAUUUACCAAGUCCUACUACUCCAUAAAGGACCAAUACUGAAGUUUAAACUCGGACGCCCUAACUUGAAAAAUUAUCCUCAUAUUGAUCACUGGAUACUUUUCUUGUCAUAGAAAAAUGUCCAGGAAUUUACUCUUCACAGAUGCGGGGACAACAGAUAUCAUUUAUCUUCUCACCUUUUUACGUUCCAGCAACUAAGGCAUCUGGAAGUUCGUCAUUGCUUGUUUUACCCUCCACCCGGUUUCAAAGGGUUUAAGAAGCUUAUUAGUCUUGAUCUUCAGCAUGUCACUUUUGUUCCAGUAAUAAUUAGGAAUCUCAUCUCCAAAUGCCCAUUGCUUGAACGAUUGAGGUUGGCUUGGUGCACAGAAUUUGACAUCCUUGAUAUUGAUGCCGCUAAUCUCAAAUACUUCACUUUGAUGGAAAUUCAAAGUUCAUUUGCUUCAAGAAUGCCCCGAUGCUUGAAAAAGUUACUGUGUCUAUCAAUUCACGAGUUUUGCCUGAUCCACCUCCUGGUUGUUCCAAUUUUACAAAGUUCUUCAAUUACAUGCCUUCCCUGCAGGAACUGGAUCUACGUGGUUCUGUAUUAGAGUACUUGAUCCUGGGAGGUCUGCCAAAGAGUCCCCCAACUGCUCUGAACAAUGUCAAAUCUCUCAGUAUUUCGAGCAUCUCUUUCAGAAAUGUUGAGGAGGUUACAUGCGCUGUUUACUUGAUUAAAAGCUGCCGUAAAUUAGAACAGCUUACAAUUGAAUGUGAAUCAGUGGACAAUAUUGUGGAACCUGUUGUACAAUUCUUACAAGCCCAAUCAAGCUCGUAUGGUGCUCUGAAGUUGCAAAGAGUACAUAUGAAUAUGUUUAUUGGUGUUGAGAUGGAAAUGGAAUUUGUGAAGUUUAUAUUGGCAUCUGCACCUAUACUUGAGGAAAUCUUCAUUUGGAAUUUUGCAUAUCUCCUUCCUCGGCCAGGUGCCCAAAUUAUGGAUGAGAUUAAACAAUUCAGCCGAGCAUCACCCAAUGUUGAAGAAGUUGAAGUAGAAGAUUGUGUACGAAUUGAAGCCCUAGAAGCCAUGGAAGUGCGUGACUUUGAUUAUUGAUUUUUGUGGGUCUCGUAGAUAUACGUCUUGCAUAAAUGGUGCAAGAGAAGGCUCAUUUUUGCCCGUUAUGCACUGUCUGUGUAGUAUGCAGUAUACAGGUUUUUGCCUAAGAUACUCUACAUGAACUUAUUUAACUAUUUACUACUUACCUA